GAGGCUCGGUGACCAGCGGCCGCCUCUCUCCGCCCCGCUGCCUCCGUUGUUCCUCCGAACCUCCACCCGUCAUGGCCAUGCACACGAAGGCCACACCGCCGGUGAUCCCGGACACCCGCCGGGAGCUGUCGGAGCUCGUGAAGAGGAAACAGGAGCUGGCUGAGACUCUGGUGAACCUGGAGAGGCAGAUUUAUGCUUUUGAAGGCAGCUACCUGGAGGACACUCAGAUGUACGGGAACAUCAUCAGAGGAUGGGACCGGUACCUCACCAACCAGAAAAACUCCAACAGUAAAACGGACAGAAGGAACAGGAAGUUUAAAGAAGCUGAGCGUUUGUUCAGUAAAUCCUCUGUCACGUCCGUCGCAGCAGUGUGCGCGCUGGGCGGGGUCCCGGACCACAUGAACGAGAAGCGCGAGGCCGGCAGCGGCACCGAGAGCGACGCCUCUCCGGACCUUCAGAACCAGGAGAACGAGCCGGGCCAGGAGGACACAGAAGACGUGGACUCGGCGCUGCAGGAUCUGAAGCCUCAGAAGGCUGCGUCCUCGUCGUCCUCGGGCAGCCACCACGCCAGCCACAAGAAGAGGAAGAACAAGAACAGACACAGCCCUUCUGCCAUGUUUGAUUAUGACUUUGAGUUCGACAUGAAGGUGAACAAGAAGCCCCGAGCUGACUACUCCACCUGAGCCCAUCUGGACCUGCCUUCUGUCCUGGUUCUGCUGGACCCGUUACAACUCUUCCUGUAAAGUCUUUAAAUGUCUGUAUUUAUUGUUUAUGUUCAAACUCCGCCCCUUCUUUUACGACCGUUUGUUUUACAGAAAAUCAAUAAAAACACCAAAAAAACAAA